AAAUUUAUGCAAAUAAUAUUAAUUAAUUGGAUUAUUCAAGCCGGAGGCGCGCCUGACGGUGAGACUCCGAUAUACACAUCCUUGCAAAUGGCCCAGCUCCAGGCAUCGCAACAGAAGUAACAAAUCAUGCAUUGUUCUCUAGCUAAGUUCUUAUAUCAAAAUUAAACUACCAUCAUCCUUGAGAAUACGAAGUUUACCUACCACCUUCUUCAUCAAAUUAGCUUCUUCUCCAUAGACUCCAAGACUGUGAAAGUGAAAUUGUGGAUUCUAGGGUUAGCAGAAUCAAUGACGCAACCGUCAGGGAAAUCAGGAGAGAGAGGACUAGGAGGAGGUAGAUUUAUUGGUGAAUAUCUGGUAGGCAAGCAAAUUGGAUCAGGAUCCUUCUCUGUUGUUUGGCAUGCUCGUCACAGAGUUCAUGGCACUCAAGUUGCGAUUAAGGAGAUUUCCAUGAGCCGAUUGAAUAAGAAAUUGCAAGACUCUCUUUUAUCUGAAAUUUUUAUCCUCAAGCAGAUCAAUCAUCCUAACAUCAUUCGAUUACAUGAUAUCAUUGAGGCUCCGGGAAAGAUACAUCUUGUAUUAGAAUUUUGUAGUGGAGGGGACCUUUUCAAGUAUAUACAACGCCAUCGAAGAGUUCCAGAAGCUACUGCAAAGCACUUCAUGCAACAGCUUGCGGCUGGUUUGAAGGUUCUUCGAGAUAAUAAUAUCAUACAUCGGGACUUGAAGCCGCAGAACCUGCUUCUAUCCACAAAUGAAAAUAAUUCAGUUUUGAAGAUUGCAGAUUUUGGGUUCGCAAGGUCUCUCCAACCUAGAGGGCUUGCAGAGACCUUGUGUGGCUCUCCUCUUUACAUGGCUCCUGAAAUUAUGCAACUUCAGAAAUAUGAUGCGAAGGCAGACCUUUGGAGUGUGGGUGCAAUUUUAUAUCAACUUGUGACCGGAAAGACUCCUUUCUCUGGAAGCAACCAAAUUGAGUUGCUCCAGAACAUAAUCAAAGCCACAGAAUUGCGUUUUCCUUCAGAUAUGGAAGAUCUGAGUUCACAGUUUGUAGAUCUAUGUCAGAAGUUGUUACGACGUAAUCCUGUUGAGCGACUGACAUUUGAUGAGUUCUUCAACCAUCCCUUUCUUUUUCAGAAGGAACUGAAUGAAAUAUCGGGGCAUUGCACAUUAUCCAACAGAGCCACCAGUUAUUCUUUAUCUGAGUGCAAUCUCUUGAAGAACAAGGAGGAUCAUUCUUCAGAUGAUUGUUUGCCUUUUCUUUUGGAUGAUGAUUCCAGUGGUUAUGACGGGAGUCCUUCUUUUAAUAGGAGGAGACCCUCCAUGAAAUCUAGUCAUAACUUAUAUUUUGAUUCCAGAAAAGAAGCAGUUUCUAGCACUAUGAGACAUGUUGAUCAUUCUUCUAGACAAUGCAAUAGAACGCAAAGGUUGCUAAGUAGAGGUUUUAGGAUAGAUGAUAGUACAUCUAAUUUACACCGUGAACAGCCUUCCGCUUGCAUGGAGAAAAGACCGGUGAGCUAUCAUCCAAGAGCCUUGGAUUCAUUGGAGUUUAAUGAUCAAGAUUAUGUCCUUGUGUCUGGACCCCCUUUGGAUGUUAAAUACUCCUCUCCAAGUAAAUCAAAACCAAGCCUCUCUUCAACCAAGUCUGAGCUCCCACUUCCUAUAUCUCCUAGUAUUAGCUCAAGAUCUAGUUCCCCAAUGCCAAUUCUUGGUCCAUCAAUUGGAUACCCAUGCUCCAUUGAAACAGUUGAUAACCAGUCCUCUGCCCCUCCUGGAAUGUCACCAGGGUCCAUGGACACUAUUGAUGGCUUGGAGCAACCAUCUAGUGACUCUUUAACAAGGCUUAAGUCACUGCAGGAGUGUGCAGCUAGUGUCAAGGAAUUGGUUAAUGAGAUGAUUGAGGCUGAUAGAGUUCUUGAAGCAUUUUCCAUUCAGCUUGUAGUUCUAGCAGUUUGGAAGCAAGCACUCCAUAUAUGCCAUACGCAAGCUGUCUCUUCCAGAGAUGGAAGUCCCUCUCCAGACAUUGCAAAGUCUGUGGGUAGUGUUGGCAGGAUCAAAAAUAGUCCAGACUUUCAUGAAUCUCUUGAUGCUGUCUGCUCUCAAGUACUUGUUGAUGUCUCUAUGGUCAUCAAGAGAGAGUUCUUUAAUGAAGUUGAGCACGCUGAAGGAUUAUCAAAGUUUGUGAAGUCAGGAAGUGCUGAAUUACCUGAUGCCAUGGAAACAAUCUAUCAAUCUGCUCUUGCUCUUGGAAGACAUGGCGCAGUCGAUGAGCUGAUGGGAGAUAUGGAAAGUGCAACCUCAUCGUAUUCUAAGGCUGUGCGCUUGCUGGUAUUUCUUCUUGUGGAAGCACCCUGUUUAAUAUUGAAUCCUCCUUUCAAUCUCACUAACUCAGACCGGUUUCGACUCCGCAAUUACAUUACAAUUUUGAAUGAUCGGCAAGGCAUUUCACGGUCUCAGAGAAUGGCUCUUCUAAAGCCUGAAGGUGAUGAAUGUCCGCCUUAAUUAACGAGCUGCGUCUGUUUUGCUUCUUUUGCAGGUUCUCCCUGUUUGUGUAUAUCAUUGUCUCCAUCUACAACUUCAUUCUUAAAACAACCACUUUUGUGGUUGUCUUGAAAACAACCAUUAAUUGUUUGUGAGGGGGUGGUGCAAAAUGUUGGUUUUAGUUGUGGGUCUAAUGGGAUCCCAUCACUUGAUAGAUUUUAAAAAUAAAUAUUUGGUUAUCGUUUGUAAAUUUAUUGAUUGAAUGAUUAGUCUUCUAUAGAAAAUAGUGAAAGUUAUUUUUACAAGUUUUGCAAAUCAACCAAAGAAAAAAAAUUCUGUUUGUAUUUUUUUGUCACACCAAAUUUAUUCAAGUACAUUUAGAAUUUAUUAAAAAAAAAAUAAGCUUAUUAUAAAAAUAAACCCCAAAAUAAGCUUUGGAAAUUUAAAUUCCAAAUAAGCGUCCCUUGUUUAAGCCUUAGGAUAGGUAUGUUCAUUAUUACUAAGAGAGAACAAACUUGGUUUGCUUUUAGUAACAACGAACAUGAAUUUUGACUAGUUUCUUUGUUCGCUGUUAGUAAUAGCGAAUAUACAUGAUCUCAUGUCUCGGAAAAGGAGGUGCUUAUAUUGAAAAUUAAAAUUUUGCCAAAGCUUAUUUUCGGGUUUUUUUAUAAUAAGCUUAUUUCUAUUCAAAUUUUCCAAUUUACCAAUUAGAAGGUUUUUUUAUUGAUUUUGGUUUAGGGUAGGCUAGGAGAGGAGCAAUGAGACUCAAAUUCAAAUUCCUUUCAGGAAAAGCAAUAUAUGAGAUCCUUUCAAAAAAUAUAUAUAUAUGAGAUAAGAUUUGUUUCGCACGAAUGAAAGUUUUAUUUCUUGUAUUACUGCCACAAAACUUCUAAA